CACAAUCAGUAGAAUUGUCCCUACCAUAGAAAAUGAAUGACAAACUGGUAAUCCAUCCAAGAACACCAUCAGUGCAGUGCCGACAAUUUCAAGCCAACAGGUUCAGUGUGUUUGGUCAAGCCGAAAUUAUCGAAAUCAAUCAAGUGAAUGGUAGUUUUCGUCCGCCUAAGUGCAGCUAAAUGCGUUUUAUUGCGGAAGUUUGCAGGAAAGAUCGGUUAAUUUUGCGCUUUGAGUGAUGCGGGAUAGGCAGGAUUAGUGUUUUAGUUGGGGGUGUUUGAGCGGCUUGAAACAAUGACGGUGGAAAGUGCAAAAUCGUCGCCUCAAGCGCAGACGAUAUCCGCCCUACGAAGAGCCCUGCCUCAAAUUCUAGCUGUCAGUGUGAAAAAUGUGCUUCUUUUCGUGUUCGGGAUGUCGCUGGGCUUUCCCACUAUCCUAAUCCCCAACCUAUCCGGAGGCGAUCCAGAUGAGAAGAUCGUGCUUGGAGUAGACGCAAUUUCAUGGAUAGGGUCUGUGAACUUGCUUUGCGUCCCACUAGGCUGCUUCCUGUCCGGCUACGUGACGCAACCUUUCGGAAGAAGAAGAUCCAUGCAGUUCGUCACUGUUCCAUUUCUGGCUGCCUGGUUGAUUUUUCAGUACGCCACCGAGCCCUGGCAUGUGUUUCUUGCGCUUUGUAUUACUGGAUUCAGUGGGGGACUUCUAGAAGCCCCGACCUUGACGUAUCUGGCUGAAGUCACCACUCCAAACUUGCGCGGAGUUUUAGCAGCCACUUCUUCAGUCUCAGUGAUAGUCGGCAUCCUGGCGCAGUUCCUCUUGGGGACGUUCCUCCAUUGGCGCUCUGUAGCUCUCGCCAGCUCCGUCCUGCCAAUUGUGGCGUGUGCUUUGCUGUUUUUCGUGCCAGAAAGCCCUUAUUGGUUGGUGAUGAAGAACCGGCAGACGGAUGCUCAGAAAAGCAUCGCGUGGCUUCGAGGAUGGUUGCCAGUGGACGAUGUUCUGAUCGAAUACAAGGAGUUCUAUGAGCAAUUGAACAAGAACAAGACGAAGCGCGAAUCUUCUCAAGGCCCGCAAAGCGAGGUUUCUGCGCUCGCAAAAAUCAAAGAGAACUUGAAGUUAUUCACCAAAAAGAACUUCCUGUGGCCCUUUGGUUUGGUGACUUUAACCUUCGGAGUUGGGCACUUUUCCGGGAUGACCCCGCUGCAGACCUACGCUGUGAAGAUUUUCGCCACCUUCAACGUCCCGAUUAACAAAUACUAUGCCACCAUCAUCCUAGGUGUUGCGGAAGCCCUGGGCUGCAUCCUCAGCUCCAUCCUGGUCCAUUUCGUAGGGAAAAGACGAAUGAACUUUUUCUCCCUAUUGGGCACGGGAUGCUGCUUCUUCGUUGUCGCCACCUAUGCGCAAACCAUCAACGUUAAAUUCUUGGAGGCGAGUCACUUGGAGACCAAAAUCGGACCUCAGUUGGAAGGUCAGAGUUGGGUACCCAUGAUCUUCUUGAUCGGGGCUGCUUUCUUCUCACACACAGGGAUCCGGAUUUUGCCUUGGAUGCUCAUAGGCGAGGUUUAUUACAGCGACAUCAGAGCAACAGCAAGCGGCUUCUCAGCAGCAGCCAGCUACAUCUUGGGCUUCAUAGCAAACAAAAUCUUCUUCUCAAUGAUUUCCUUUUUAACACUGCCGGGAACCUUCUGGUUCUACACGGCCGUUGCCCUCUUGGGAGUCAUCAGCCUCUACUACUGGUUGCCGGAAACCGAAGGAAAAACACUUUUUCAGAUAACCGAGCAUUUCAGCGGCGGCGAGCAGCUGGAUAAUAAAGUGUCCAACUUUUUGCGGUUGAGGAAGCUGCAAAAGAAGCAACAGGCUCUGGAUGGUGGUGGCAAAGGCGUGGAAAACGCGGCGUUUGAUGAAGAACCCGCUAAACGCUGUGAAGUUCUGGAUGUACGACUGUGAUAUUGAAGUGUGACAAAUAUAUUUUUUUAGACUACAUGAAUAAAGGCACUGUAUAUGCGUA